AUUUAUGUCAUUCUUUUUCUCGGCAUUCCUCUUCACGAGCUCCCUCUCGUUUGUUCUUCUAUUCGCUGUUUCUGCAUCUGUUUCGUCUCACAUACCGGAAAGUUUCUGAAACAUGUCUGGGGAAGAGGAAGAAAACGCCGCAGAGCUCAAAAUUGGAGAUGAGUUUUUGAAGGCAAAGUGCUUAAUGAACUGUGAAGUUUCAUUGAUUCUUGAGCACAAGUACGAGCAGCUUCAACAGACAUCUGAUGAUCCCAUGAAUCAAGUUUCUCAGGUAUUUGAAAAGUCCUUACAGUAUGUGAAGCGAUUCAGCCGCUAUAAAAAUCCAGAUGCUGUUAGACAAGUUCGAGAAAUACUUGCAAGAUAUCAAUUGGCUGAGUUUGAGUUGUGUGUCCUUGGCAACCUUUGCCCAGAAACUGUGGAGGAAGCUAUUGCUAUGGUUCCAUCUAUCAAGACAAGAGGACGGGCUCAGGAUGAUGAAGCAAUUGAGAAAAUGUUGAAUGACUUGUCAUUGAUUAAGAAAUUUGAAUAAAUAUUUCUUACAGUGGGUGUAUGAUAUAACUAUACCAUAUAACGUCAUCGGACUUCAAGCAAAACAUUCUUGUGGUUUGUAUUACAGAAACCAUAGAUAAUAUCUAGUUUUUUGUGACUAUCUAAGAAGGAUUUUGACACAUGCAUGCUGGUGUAUGAAAGUGGCUUUGGCUUAUUAUGUGGUUAGUGUUGCUAA